AUGGGUACGACAUACAUCUGGAUGAUCAGUUUAGUGCUCUUGUGCAUGCUUCACGAAGGGUCUUGUGAGCAGCCAAUCAAUAUCACAUUUGGAGAUGUCACUCAAGUGAUUAUGUUUGAACGCCAGGAGGAGACCGUCAAUGUGUCCGUUGUUUCGUAUGAUGGAAACGAUGUAAUCUCGGUCUACUUUGAAAGUGAAAACUUAUAUACGUUUGAGGUCGUGAACAAGACAUUCGCGCGAUUUGAAAUAAACCCCGAAACAAUCUUUCCCAUGACCUUCGCAGUGACCGUGAAGGGAAGACACAUCGGUAUUUCGGAACUUCGAGUUCUGGUGGCAGCGUUGGGAUCGGAUAGCAGUGAACAGGUAGCAUCACUUGUGGUGAAGAUCAAGGUCGGUAAUGCCAUUUCCCAGGUGAUUCUUCAGUAUGUUUUCUAUGCCCCUAUUAUCAGUGCGUUGUUCAUGAUGGGAGCAACUAUGGACGUUGAAGCCAUAGCGGGUUGCUUCAAGCAUCCACUACCCAUCUUUAUCGGAUUCUUCUGUCAAUUCGUCGUAAUGCCCGCUCUUUCCCUUGGUAUCGUUAAGUUGGUUGGACUUGAUGGCAGUUACGCGCUGGGGUUGCUUCUAUUAGGGUGUAGCCCAAGUGGGAAGACAAGCAAUGAUCUGACUGUUCUCCUCGAUGCAGAUUACGUCCUAAGCAUUACAAUGACAGCGUGUUCAACAACCCUGGCCCUAGCUAUGAUGCCUCUGAACAUAUUCAUCUACACACGGUUCCUGACAGAAGCAAACAUCGAAACGCCGUAUGCUCAAAUCGCGAUGCAGAUAGCGAUCCUUAUGACCCCUGUCCUGCUUGGGAUCCUCCUGAAGUACAAGUUUCCACAGGUCAAAGAGAAGGUACUGAAGAUCCUAAAGCCCGUCCUGGUAAUCAUAAUGCUAGCUUCUGCUGCUAUGACGAUGUAUUAUUCAUGGUAUAUCUUUUUGUCUCCCCCAACCGUCUACCUUGCUGCUUUCCUGCUGCCUUUUUGUGGAGGGAUCCUUGGUGGACUCAUUGCAAAACUUUCGCAACUUCCCAACGCGAAGGUGAUUGCUGUAUCUAUGGAGACAGGCGUCCAGAAUGGGUUGUUCACUUCACUCGUCUUGAGGGUGGUGUACCCCUCCCCUGAAGCAGACCUCGCUACAGCCGUUCCAAGUCUGGCCUUUUUUUCAAUGCUUUUCAUUGGCAUCUUGAUAAUCAUCAGCAGGAUGGUCUUCAAUCGAUUCUUUAGCCGGAAAGAUGCCGAAGACACUCAAGAUAUCAUCCAACGUCACGAGGCUGAAGAUGAUUCGGUUGAAGAUCAUAAUGGAAAAGGAAUUGAGCUCACAAGUAUCAACAUGCUGGAUCAAGAAGAAGUCAUGACCGAAGACAACAACAAUGACUCUGCAGGAAAUAAAACUUUUCCUCACGAUGUCGGUGAUAUCAAUGGUAGAAUCUGA